ACUCACUUGUCCACCUCUUUCAUUUCAAUGGCUCCCAACCCUCAGUGCUCCGCCCUCGCUGCCGCCAAGACCCGCUCGGGUGAGCCCCAAGGGAUCAAUAUGGGCCAAGCGCGCAUGCUCAACUAGAAUCCAGGUCUCUCGUACGGUGACAUCGCCACCAAGAUCGGCAUCCCCGAGCAGCAGGUUAUCAACAUCUGCACCGGCUCGCAGCGCCCCACCACCAACGAAUUCGAUGCCCUUGCUCGUGUCUUGGGAGUGACCGCUUCC